AUUAGGCACUUGCCCCGCUAACCAAGUGUAAAGUGUAGAUGCGCGCUAUUUAGUUAAUCGUGUCAAGUCAGACGGCUGCGUCAUAUUUAGGUGUUGUCGAUCUCUUUGGUUAAAAAGUUUUAAUAUCAGAAAUGAGUGUCAGUCUUGCUGAAAGUGAUCCUGAAAUUAUGGCAUUAUGCAGGGAGGAAAAAGAACGUCAGAAACUUGGGUUGGAGUUAAUAGCUUCAGAGAAUUUCACAAGCAAAGCUGUCCUGCAAGCCUUGUCGUCUUCGUUUCACAACAAAUAUUCUGAAGGUCAAGUUGGUGCUAGAUAUUACGGUGGUACCGAAAUCGUAGACAAAAUGGAAGCUUUGUGCAAGAAACGUGCUCUCGCCUUAUUUGGUCUUGAUGAGUCUGAAUGGGGUGUUAAUGUUCAACCCUAUAGUGGAUCACCGGCUAAUUUCGCCAUAUAUACGGGGUUGGUCGGUCUUCAUGGUCGUAUUAUGGGAUUGGACUUGCCAGAUGGUGGACAUCUUACUCAUGGAUACCAAGCUGCAUCUGGUCGAAAGGUUUCUGCCACAUCGUUGUUCUUCGAGUCUGUUCCUUACAAAGUUGACCCUAAGACUGGAUGGAUAGAUUAUGAACGAUUGGAGAUUGUAGCAAGAUCUUUUCGUCCUAAAUUGAUUGUUGCAGGAACUUCAGCAUAUGCUCGUCACUUGGAUUAUCCGAGAUUUCGACAAAUUGCAGAUUCAGUUUCAGCUGUGUUACUUGCUGAUAUGUCUCAUAUUGGUGGUCUGGUUGCUGCAGGUCUUCACCCUUCUCCUUUCAAGUAUGCUGAUGUAGUGAUGACCACUACUCAUAAAACAAUUCGUGGACCGCGAGCUGCGAUGAUAUUCUAUAGAAAAAUGGCCAGAUCAAAAGAAAAUGGUGUUGAAAAUGGAUGUCACACUGAUCCUACUUCAACAGACUUUGAACGUCGUAUUAAUGAAGCAGUCUUUCCAGGUUUACAGGGUGGUCCUCACAAUAACACUAUUGCAGCUAUAGCUGUUUGUUUAAAAGAAGCUGCGUCAUCUGAAUACAAAGUUUACCAAGAGCAAGUUCUCAAAAAUAUGAAACAACUUUGCAAAUCAUUAAAAGCUUAUGGUUAUGAGCUUGUGACUGGAGGUAGUGAUACACACUUAUGCUUGAUGGAUCUUCGCCCAUUAAAAAUAGAUGGUGCUCGAGCUGAGAAAGUUUUAGAAUUAGUUCGUAUCUAUGCAAACAAGAACACUUGUCCUGGUGAUGUUAGUGCUUUGAGGUGCAUUUAUUCCUAUACAUCUGUUUGAAGUAAAGCAAUGGUUUGGUAGGUAAAAACAUUCAACUCCCAAUUAAUAGAUCUCAGGUUUGAACCUUGAACCACUAAUUUAAUUCUUAGUAACCGGCUGGUUUCACUGAUCGGCACACUCGUUCGAAGUUGAGUGCAUUAACCUGCGCUUAUCAUACAAGUUAUAUCAAAUUUUACUUAAUAUCUGUUCCCAUGUGCCCAUUUAAACCAAAAUGAGAUUGUACUUUUCAACUUGAAAUUUACUAGAAACAGUAUACGAGAUCAUUAGUUUACCAUACCAUAGUAGGUCUACUUCAACCUAUUAAACUGAAUAGCAUUUUCGUACUAAUACAACAGAUGUGAUGGAGAUUUAUUUGGACAGUUGAUGGUUACAUUUAUUCAUAAAUGGAACUUAUUCACUUGCAGUUGUAAUCUGUUAGACGUGGCAUGAUAAAAAUUAUAUUAAAUCUUAAUAUAUGGAACAAAUUCAGCAGUUGUUGUAACAAUAAUAUUAUAAACACUAAAGGCAACUACUUUGUGAAUAAUUAAUGAGUGUAGUGUGAGUCUCAUUCAUUUCAUUUUUCUGAAGGUCGCUUCAGAUUCGCAUUGGGAACACCUAAAUUAAACUAAAUUUUCAGGAACUAAAACAGUUUCUUAAUAUUUUUUAAGUUAUAAGAUGAUAUUUGCUUACUAGAUGCUGGAUAGAGUAAUGGUUUGUAAUUCCACGUUUUUUCCUACUUAAUUUAGACCUGGUGGCUUACGCUUUGGAAGUGCUGCGUUAACAUCACGAAAUUUUCAUGAAGAAGAUUUCGCUAAAGUUUCAGAAUUCAUACAUGUCGGAAUUCAAAUAGCUGUUAAAGCUAAUGAACUUGCUAACAGCAAACUAUUAAAGGAUUACGAAGUUGUUGUUGAAACAAAUGUUGAAGUACGUUCAAUGAUUGAAAAGUUGAGGCUUGAAAUUGAGGAAUUUGCUUCAAAAUACCCUCUACCUGGACUAGAUUUUUAGAAAUUAUGAAAUGUACUAGGUUUUGAUAUUUUUUAAUAACUAAAUUUUAUGAUGUAUAAAGUAUUGUCGUCCUAAUUUUGGUGAGACAAUCAUACAAAUUUUUUUAUAAUAUUAGCUCAGCGCAUCCA